AUGCAACAGCUGAUACUGCAUAUAAGCUUGCAAAAGAGGAAUUUUCAAGAGUAUAGACAAUGUAAAUCCAAGAGACAUUCCUGCCUUCCAACAUCCUUGGUCUUAGGAGUACCAAACUUUUACAAGGAAGCUGAAGUGGAGAUGAACUCUGAUAGAAUAUGCAGAGCUACUCAUGCUGACCCAGUAGCCAGAGCAUCUUGCUGGUUCUUGUCACUCUUGAUGGCCUCACUGCUUCAGGGUAAGAUGUGCAGUGGGAAGCAUUCAUUUAUUAAUGUAAUGGAUGAUAUCAAAGAAAAAGUUGCUCAGAAGAUUCUUGAAGAAAAUGACAGAGAAAACUUCCGAAAGGCUUUCACUGAUAUCAGCAAUAAGACGGUCCAAGGAGACGAUGUAACAACUUCAUUGAGUUUAUUGUAUACUGUGAUGAUGAAGGAUAAGUUCGACUUCAAGACUGAGAUUGUGAAUAUUGUAAUGAGAGGAGGCACUGGUGUCAGUGCCCAUGCAAGUGUUGUUGGAGGGAUCUUAGGUGCUAGUAUUGGUUAUUCGCAACUCCCCCAAGAAUGGCUUGGUGAGCUCCCACAGGAAAAUAUUAAAUUACUGAAUAUGAAACUAAAUUCAUUAUUGGAUUUGUUUGGCUUGCCAUAAAAUUUAUGGCUUAAUGCAAUUGUUCAUAUAAUGAAUAAAACAUGU